GUCUGUAAGAAGACACAUGAUCUUCUAGAGCAGAAGCGACUACCUGCUCGCCAUUACUCCAGUUUACUCCAGAUAUAAUUCGGGGAGUUAUUGGAAAGCCAGUCUAGUUUGAAAGAUAUAACAAUGGCAGACAAGAAGCAAGGAUUUCUAAACUUGGUGGUGACUGUCUUCAUCCUCGCGGCAGCUCUUACAUCAGCUCAGGAAAAUGUAAGACGUUCUAUGCCACCUGCCAGCAUGAUUCCUCCUGCUCCAUUUCCCUCUCCAUCUCCACAAACCACGACUCAUGCCACCAUGACCACCACAACUACAACUACUACUAGCCCUACUCCACAAAAUACAACAACUGCCAACAUGACUGCUGCCCCAGUAAUACACAAAACUACAACUGCAAAAACAACUACAACAACCCCAGCUACACACAAUACUACAACCCCAGUUCCACACAAUACUACAACCCCAGUUCCACACAAUACUACAACCCCAGUUCCACACAAUACUACAACCCCAGUUCCGCACAAUACUACAACGGCCAAGACAACGGUCCCAACACCCGCCCCAACACCUGCUGCCAAUGCCACAGAAGGCACCUACAUUGUUAAGGACAAGGGCAAUGUUUGUGUUAUGGUCAAGGCAGCCAUCCAGAUUCAUGUCAACAACAGUAAGGCUGUGGGUACAUACAUUGUUCAGCCAAAUAAUACAGAAGCUAAGGGACAAUGUCUUGCCACUAAUGCCGGUCUCCAGAUUGUUCUGAAAGAGGGUUUCAUUUCCAUGAACUUCACCAAGAACGACACCACACAUAUGGUCUAUGUCAGUGAUCUGGCAGUCAGCUUAACCUAUUCCUUCAAGUUUGGAGAGGCAUACAAAUUGAAUAGGGAGAAUAAAUCUCUGCAACUUUUCAGCAUGGCAGUUAGUCACUCCUAUACCUGUAAGUCGGAGUCUGUGUUCAUGGGAGAAGGCAUCUACCUGGAGUUCAAGCCAAACAACAUGCAGGCUUUCAACUUCACCAACAACCAGUUUGGCCCACUUGACCGCUGCAAGGCCGACCAGCCUAACUACAGCGUGGCUAUCGGUGUUGGUGUGGUGCUGUUACUCCUCAUCAUCAUCGUGGUUGUGGUUUACCUUAUCAGUAGGAAAAAGAGAACAGAUGGUUACCAGAGUUUCUAAAAGACUACAAGUACUUAAUAACAGAGGCUAUUAUUGGUGCAAGUUCAGCCUCACGUGAUGCACUUAAAUGUGUUUAUGAAGCAAAGCUUUUUUUCGGUCAAUUUAAGAUAAGGGAUUUUUGCUGCCAAGAUUUGCUCCAUAAAAACUGACAUGAUAUCAUUAUAGUACCACCAUCAGUUGCUUUUGUAGGGCACAUUUACAUAACUAUGAAAAAAUUUAAUCAGAAUAAAGAAAAAAAAUACAUUGUACAUUAGGGGUUUGUUUUUGAUGAGUUUAUAGGUGUUGUAAAUGCUUUUGUAAUUCCAUAGUGUUUGAUGCACUGAAAUGGGAUGACCAAUUUCAUUAGCAACAUGUUUGGCCUUUUUACAAAAAAAAGUCUGUAAAAAGACUCAAUUCUGUUCAUUAGUGUACUAUGUCCAAAUGUAUAAUAUUAUAAAUAUGAAAAGACUGUUCCAUUUUAUAAUCAACUUUCCAACUUUCAACUUCAGAAAUACAGUAUUCUGUCUGUUCUGAGACAUGUAUGUGAUUUGGGGCACUUAAAUUACAAGAAAAUAUGUUAUAUAAGAAAUAAAUAGGUACUGUUUUGCAGGUACUCUUUUUUUUUUAACUAACAUCUGUUUUUGAAACAAUGGCUUUUUAUUUCAGAAUUCAUGUUAACUUUAGGGGGGAUUUAAAAUAUAAUAAAUACAUUUUGAUUUGGGUGGAGGUAUUUUUAACUAUUAAAACCUAUCAAAGCAGAAGUUUGUAUUGAAACUGACAGCAUUAUAUUUGAAUAUGAAAUAUAACUGUAUGAUCUAACUGUGAUCUCUGUAAUAAUAUCUGCAGAAUACUUGAUGAAACUGUGCUUGUUGUAUCUGUCAGGUUUUUUGUUCCAACUUAUGUAUUUGUACACAAUAAUAGGGUACUUUUAACAAGCUGUAAAAAAUAAAGGGAAUAUAAUGUACUGUAA